AGGCUCUAGGGUCGGUUAGCCGUCGCCGACAGAGGUGUGCCCUGGGUUUGCCUCGCUGUCGCCCCGUCCCUGCAUCCCCGCCCCAGCCUUGGCCCCAGCCAGCGCUCUCCUUGCCCUCCUCCCCUUAACCACCCCCCCGGUUUCUGCCGUCGGGGCUCGGGGCCGGGCGAAUGAUGCCGUCGGAGAGCGGAGCUGAGCGCCUGGAGGGGGCGGCUGCGCAGGUGGGGACGGCCGCGGCCUCGGCAGUGGCCACGGCUGCCCCAGCAGGCGGCGGCCCCGACCCGGAGGCCUCAUCAAACUCCCCCAGGCACCUGAGCAGGCUGGCUUGGCCACAGGUGAAGCGGCUGGACGCGCUCCUGAGCGAGCCGAUUCCCAUUCACGGGCGCGGCAACUUCCCCACGCUGAGCGUGCAGCCCCGGCAGAUCGUGCAGGUGGUCCGAAGCAGCCUGGAGGAGCAAGGACUCCGCGUGCACAGUGUGCGACUGCACGGCUCAGCCGCUAGCCACGUGCUGCACCCUGAAAGUGGCCUGGGCUACAAGGACCUGGACCUGGUGUUCAGGGUGGACCUGCAUAGUGAGGCAUCCUUCCAGCUGACCAAGGCAGUGGUGCUGGCCUGCCUGUUGGACUUCCUGCCAGCCGGCGUGAGCCGGGCUAAGAUUACACCACUCACACUCAAGGAAGCGUACGUGCAGAAGCUGGUGAAGGUGUGCACAGACACAGACCGUUGGAGCCUCAUCUCGCUGUCCAACAAGAGUGGCAAGAAUGUAGAGCUCAAGUUCGUGGACUCUGUGAGGCGACAGUUCGAGUUCAGCGUCGACUCCUUCCAGAUAAUCCUAGACUCCCUCCUGCUCUUUGGCCAGUGCUCAUCCACCCCCAUGUCUGAGGCCUUCCAUCCAACUGUGACAGGUGAAAGUCUGUAUGGGGACUUUGCAGAGGCCCUGAAGCACCUGCGGCACCGCGUCAUCGCCACACGCAGCCCUGAGGAGAUCCGUGGCGGUGGCCUCCUCAAGUACUGUCACCUCCUGGUGCGGGGUUUCCGGCCACAGCCCAGCACUGAUGUGCGUGCCCUACAACGGUACAUGUGCUCCCGCUUCUUCAUCGACUUUCCCGACCUGGUGGAGCAGCAGCGCACGCUGGAACGCUACCUGGAAGCUCACUUCGGCGGGGCCGAUGCAGCCCGCCGCUAUGCCUGCUUGGUGACACUGCACCGGGUGGUCAACGAGAGCACCGUGUGCCUCAUGAACCAUGAGCGCCGCCAGACACUGGACCUCAUUGCCACACUGGCACUCCAGGCCCUGGCUGAGCAGGGCCCAGCUGCCGCUGCUGCUCUGGCCUGGCGCCCUCCAGGCCAUGAUGGAAUUAUGCCAGCCACCGUCAACUACUAUGUGACCCCUGUGCAGCCCCUACUGGCUCGGGCCCACUCCUAUCCCACCUGGCUGCCUUGUAACUGACUAUGACCCUGGCCAGAAGGGACUGGACCUCAUGGGCUGGGGUGGGGUCACCAGGAAUAUGUGAGGAAAUGGCGAGACAAGCAGGCUGUGCCAGCCAGCCCAGCACUCCUGCAGGGUUGGGCCUUCGGUGGAACAUGGCAGACUUCACUGAAGGAGGCCUCUGUGGGCUUCAGGCCAAGCAGAUUCUUGGCAGGAGGACCCUUUGGUUACUGCACCGCAUUUUUGGGUCAGCAUGAUUGUGGGGCUACUUGUUUUGAGGGUCCAUUGCCUUUAGGAGACAAAGCAAGUUUAGGAGGUAGCCUCAAUGUUCAGCACCCUGGGUUUAUUUCCAUGGCCUAGAAAGAAUCUUUUUGACUAGGGUCAGCCAGCCCAGAGACUGGUAUGUGAUGAGGGUGUCUCACUUUGGGUCAGGCUGAACCACUGAGUCUGGUGGCCCAGCCUGGCUAAUCACUUGGGGGAGGGAAACUGAGGCAUAAGGCAAAUACCUGGGUUUGGGGAGGGAGGGUUUGACCCAAUCUCCUGAAACCCAUACCCCAAGCUGUGAAGCCUUCCUCUUGAGGGGCGGGGAGUAUGCAGUGGGCCCGAGGUGUACAGCUAGGAGAUGUAGUCCGACCCUCCCAGUGUGUCCUUCUUUCCCUUGUAUGGUGAGAAGCCCUGCUUGCCUGGGAGCUUGUCCUUUGGAAGGUGCUGGGCCAAAAGUUUCACUGGCAAUUUGAGUUGUCCCACCCCACUGGCUUGGCUAGAGGACUCUGACACGCGGGGGAGCCCUACCCUCACCUCCUUUUCCACUCCUCUGGGUUCGUUGCUAUUUUGCACUGUUACCACCUACCAAUAAAAA